AUGUUUGUAAGGCUGGUGGCAAACUGCCCUGACAACCAGUUUCCGCACGUCAACCUCACCAUUGAGGGUGUAGGCGCGCAUGCGGACGUCUUGCCUCCAGAGAGGCUGCAGGAGCUGCAAACAAACCUAGCCGGCCAUCCAGACUGGGCCAUCGGGAAGCCAUGGGUUCUGAGUCUGGAAGCCGAUUCCCUGGAGCCGGCGGAAGAUCGUGAGUUCGGCUUCGCAGGCGGCGAGGGCUUCCUGGUAUUUAAGGUGCCCAGGGGGAGCGUCGGCAAGAAAAUCGCCGUCACCAGCACCGUGGAAACCUUGCCGGAUCACUCCCGCUUGGAGCCCGACCACUGCUGCGUGCCGAAGCUGUGCGCCAGCAGCAUCUGCAACAGCAGCCAGUGGGAAGCAAAGCCCGGCAAUGUCCUGGGUAGCACAAAGGAGGAGUGCUGCACCCCUCGCGACUGCGAUGACUACACUUGCGCCUCCAAAUUUGUCAAAAAAGCCAAGAGGCACGACGCCGAGGGCCAUCCUGUGCUCCAGCAGGGCGGCACUGAUGAGGAAUGCUGUGAGCAUGUCUCUUGUGACCACGUGAAAUGCGAUGCCACGGACGAGUGGACGAAGAAUAUGACUGCCAAAUCGGGCAGCACCUUGGAGGAGUGCUGCAUCCCUUUGUACUGUGCCAAGCACAGCUGUGACCCAGCCACGGAAUGGGAGAAGGAUCCGGGCGCAGUGCUUGGAAGCAGCAAUCCUUCCUGCUGCAAGCCCAAGCUGUGCAAAGAUUUCAGCUGCAACGCUGGCUUUGCGCUGAGGGCCGGCGCCACCAUGGGCAAGAAGUUGCUGCGGGGUAGCACCAGCGACGAGUGCUGCGAGAAAAAGCUCUGCCGGAACUGGAAGUGCAGUGAUCCCACAAAGUGGGUGGCAAAGGCAGAUGAGACCAACAAUGCUCUUGAGAGGCAAGGCUGGAGCGAUGAGGAGUGCUGCACUCCGAUUACCUGCAGCAGCGUCGAUUGCGUCCCAGAGUCAUUGUGGACUCCAAAAUCUGCCGACGAGCUGGAAGGCCUCCAAGGUAGCAAGAGCGAGCAGUGCUGCAAUCCUAGAUGGUGUGCUGUCUACACCUGCACGGGUGACAUCCCUGACAUGAAUGUCUCCAGCACCAAAUGGUUCAAAAAGAUGGACACGAACCAUUUCAAGUUCCGAGGGAGCACUGACGAGGAAUGCUGCCAUCCAAAGUACUGCAGCGAGUUCUUUACUGCCUUCCCCACCAAGUAUGAGCGGAAGCCGGAAGAUCACGUGAAGCCGAGGCAGGGCAGCACGGAAGCAGAGUGCUACAACGAGCUGAAGUGCAGCGACUACUGCUGCGUCAACCCAGACUUGAGUCUCAAGGACGCCUCCAUUGUGAUGAUUUUUGCGACAGUUGGCUACGCGGCCGCGUACUCACAGCAGCGCUUGCUGUGCGUGCCCCACGCAGUGGAAGAAUGGGCCCCGGGCCCGCCCAGCCCGCAGAGCGGCGCGCUUCUCGCGGCUGGGCUUUAUGGCGCAAACAUCGCCUACAACGUGGUCAACAAGCGCUUGUUGCUAGCACACCCGCAUCCUUGCCUGGUGACGGGCAUGAACCUCUUUUCCUCCGCGGGGUGCUGCGUGCUUUGCUGGGGCUUGGGCCUAAUGCGCUGGCCGGGACGCCUGGAAUCCUCGGUCUAUCUGAGGCUGCUGGGGCUGGCGGUGUUCCACUGGGGUGGGAUGCUGUUCUCCAACAUCUCCGUAGCGGAGGUGCACAUCUCCUUCACCCACACUGUGAAGGCUGCGGAGCCGUUCUUCACCGCCUUGUUCACCGUAGCUCUCCUUGGCAAGAAGCCGACCAUCCGCGCUUGGCUCAGCUUGUUGCUGGUUAUUGCUGGCAUUGUUGUCGCCUCUACGGCUGAAACUUCGUUCACUUGGGUCGGCUUUUGGGCCGCCAUGGCCUCCAACGUCAUGGUGUCGUUGAGGACGGUGCUGUCCAAGAGAUUGAUUGAAAGCCACAUCCUGGACCCGCUGAAUUUCCAAGCAUUGCUGCAGUGCGGAGCAGCUCUGGUUUCGGUGCCAGUGGCUUUGUGCUUCAACCUGCAUGCAGUGAAGGAGAUUGCUUUGGACCCUUCGGCAGUUUCAUCGGCGAUUAUGAUUGGGCCACUUGUGUGGAUCUUCAACGUUGCCUCGAUCGUGGUGCUUGUUCACAGCUCCCCGGUGGUGCAUGCCAUGAUCCGGUCCAUGCGGAGGCCCCUCCUGGUGCUGGCGUCCAUCAUCACGUUUGGCACAUGCCUCACCUGGCUGAAUGCGAUGGGCAUUGCCGUGACCAUCCUGGGGGCCUUGUGGUUCCGCUACGAGAAUGAGGUGAAGCUGGAGAGAAAGCCAUCGACUGGAAACCUCAAGCGGCUGCAUGCCAACGCCAGGCAUCGAGCGAUACCGUAGUCGAUCCUUUUGUAGGAGCCAGUUGGGCUCGUUAAUUCACUCGCGUGAUUUUGCAAUGCACACCACCCCUGGGUGAGACGUAGCCGGAUGCUUCGCAUUGACUAGUUUCACUCGAGGCUUCGGAACCGAAAGGAGUUGGCAGUUUGCCAUGGACCUGCCCCUUCGCGGCAAAGGGUGUUCGAAAGGGCGCGUAUAUUUGCUCUCUCCUCGGCAGAACCGCCAUGAGCCGAGAGAAUAGUUCUGGGGUCAUGCAGAAGGAACAGCACUGCGCCCUUCCAUCUUGAAGGCACGUGG